AUGUCUCUUGUGACAGACGAAAUCAGAGCAUCUGCAUCAGACAUAUGCCAUGGUGAUGCAAUUUGUCAAGAAAAAUCAAAGGCUUUGCUCACAGAAAUGGGGCUACCCAAUGGCCUCUUACCUUUGGAAGACAUUGAGGAGUGUGGGCAUGUCAAAGAAACCGGCUUUGUGUGGCUCAAACAAAAGGCCGAAAAGAAACACAAGUUUGAAAAAAUCGAUAGGCUUGCAACAUAUGGAACUGAGGUUACUGCAACCAUGGAGAAGAUGAAGAUCAAGAAUCUGAAGGGUGUGAAGACUAAGGAACUUUUGCUGUGGCUCACACUGGAUGAGAUAUCUGUUGAUGAAUCCAACACUGAAAAGAUCACUUUCAAGGCAACUUCUGGCCUUUACAGAACUUUUCCAGUGUCGGCUUUUCAAGUUGAGGAUGUGAAGAAAGAUGUUGAAGAAGUGGCUGUGGCUAAGGACGCCAAAGUUGUUGAAGUGGAUGUGGCUAAGGAGGCCCAAGUCCAGGAGGUUUGA